AGAUAUUUCAAAUGUGCGCAUAUACAAUAGUUUGGCUUCCAGGGUCGUGCGACUUCCUCAUCGAGAUUCAGGCGAAUAUUGCAUUUCACGGAAGCGGCAGGAACGCUCCUGUCUCAAAUCUCACCUCAACAUCAGCCCCAAUACUGCAAAUGCCUUUACCUCCUCAACACCGACCUGCAUGGUAGAAAAUGCCUGCCUCACCCUCAAUUCAGUCUUACUUUUCAUCGUCGACGACAAAGAAUAACGAUGGCUUCGCCACAAAAGAGGCUCAUGCCGCUCUUGCCUCAUCGGAAGCGACUGCUACAAGUGCAUGGGCUCCCGCUUUUGACUACGAAGAAGCAGAUCUAGGCACACUCGAGCCUGGUCCCUGCAACCUCGUUCUCAUGGGCCGCGUCGUCUACUUCAUUGACCAAGCCAGACCAAGCAAAUCACACAAAGCAGCUCAAGGAUGCAUCAAGGUCCUUCUUGCAGACGAUACCGGUGUUCUUACUGUGCGCAUUUGGUAUAACACCACGCAGUAUAGACUCAAGCUAGGCCAGCUUCUCAGUGUGUGGACGGUACAUAUUUCGAAUUCGUCUGAGUUUAAUUCCUUGGCUCCGAAUACUGCUCCAAUGUUUACUACCAUCUUUCCCGAGGGCGAUAGGAACUGUCAUGUUAUGGUGCACGAGAAUAGUGAUGAUGGAAGGAGGUACAGGAGACCGUAUGGUAUACGGGAGAAUAAGGUGUUGACCGGACUGAUGACGCUGAAGAGCUUCACGGAUGGUGGGUAUGAUGUCGAAGAGCCGAAGUUGCUGGUAUGUGUCAAGAGUAUCGGAGCGCGGAAAAAGUACAUGAACCGCAACGGCACAACCUCCGAACUUAUCUCCAUCGGUAUCUUUGACGACACGGCCGACGGUCAACUUACUUUGUACUCUUCCAUGUGCGACUCUGCACCUCUCUUCAUUGCCUCGAAAACAGUUUUGCUGAUCUCAAACCCCGGAUGGCGGAUAGAGAAAAUGGCCAAGCUCACGCUGAGCGGUAAUUCACGCAUCGAUAUCGACCCAGACAUGGGUGAUGCACGGAGAUUGAGAGCGCUAGCACAAAAACUGACGAAGAAAGAACAUGUCAAUCCGCCAUUUCCUAUCGCUGAUAGUUUGGUUGAUGAUUUCAAGACUGCAGCCAUAAGAGCACUGUACACACUUGCGGAUGUGGAUGACGUCGCUCGCUCGCUCUCGAACAAAAGAUCCAAGGAGACUAUUGCUGGCUACCUCAGCGUUAUUGUCACAGAGCUUAACAUUGUCACGACGUUUAGGCGAAAUAUGCUCAUGAGCAAUGAAUGCUGCGGAAUCCCUAUUUUCGCCAACAACAUAGAGAUUAAGUGCAAGCAGUGUGGUAGGAUGGUAAAACUGAGGAUCAAUCCAAGAAUACUCGGUGCUCUCCUCGACGAAACCGGCCAGAUUAGCUCUGGAAAACUCAUCCUCUCGGACGCUGCAUGGUCUCAACUCCUCGGCCGCACGUCGGAGCAACUCUUGCACACUCCUAUCGACGUUCUCCGCUACCUGGAAGAGCGCGUACUUUUCCUCCGCAUCACAAUGGGAUUUGCGUUGAAUCUGGAAGACGAGAUUGGAAGACUGGCUAUAUGGUGCAUUAGAAGCUAAGAGAGGCAGCGAAGAGAUAUACGUGAAAUGGGAGUGAGCUGAGUAUAGGAAUGUCGACGAAGGCUUGUGUUAAU